GUUCGUGAUCUUGACAUUUGACAACGCGUAUAACCUAAAAUUACGUGAAAAAAUCAAAACAAAGUUGGAAAAACAUAGAAAACAAUGUUAUUUUUAUAUUUGUUAAGCUUUUUAUCCAUGGUCGUACAGGCCAUUUUCAUUACACUAGCUAUAGCGGCCGGGUUAUAUUAUUUAGCAGAAUUAGUAGAAGAAUAUACUGUUAUAGCGAAGUCUAUCAUUUCUUGGACAGUUAUAGCAACAUCUUUAAUCCACGUAGGUCUUAUAAUCUUUGACGAUCUGCCCCUCCAUCUCAACGUCCUGGGACUCGUCCAGCAAUGCCUCCACGGCGUCAUGCUAAGAGAAUUUCCCGUAGUACGGGUCGCAAGCAUGACAUUCGUAACGGCAUGCCUCAACUUGAUAUUGCAUCAUUAUUGCGCAUUCAAAUAUUUUGGACAAGUAUAUUAUAGUUUUAGCGAGGUUCUAGCGUACUUCACAAUCUGCCUAUGGGUGGUACCAUUUGCAUUAUUCGUUUCACUGUCAGCAAAUGACUACGUACUGCCCACCACCGGUGAACGGCAACCAUUAAUAGGUGACAACAACGUACUAACGGACUACCUUUCCCGAAAAUCAAAGCGAUACAGCCUUCUUUCUUUCUUCAGCUUCGCCAAAGAGUCUAUAUUACCGCAACGCAACAAGAAAGCUUUUUGAAAGGUUUAGUGUUAAGUUAGGCAAUUAAAUAUAUUCAUUUCAUUAACUCCAUGGUAGUGGUGCACGAUUUUUUGCUUUGAAUCGAUUUUUGAAAACUAUUCUGCCAAAUCAUUACUGUGACAAAUGCGCUCUGAUUGGCCA